UCAGCUGAACCAUAUGGUAUUUGCCGUAUCGUACCACCCUUGGCUCCUCCUUUUCGGCUUAGAGAGAAAAGUAUAUGGGAGGGUAUAAAGUUCCACACCCGGGUUCAGAACGUGGAGCUGCUUCAGAACAGAGGGCCUGUGAAGCAGAAGCAGAAGAAGAAACCUAAGGUAAGAAAACGGAAACGAAGUUCCUCCUCCAAGAGACGUCCUAGCUCCGUUCCCGAUUCGGUUUCGUCUCCCGAGGAAGAAGAGGUAUUUGGUUUCAACUCUGGCCCA